ACGGACAGAGAAGCAGUGAGGGUGCAAUGCCAGUGAUAUUGAACAACCGUUUUCUCCUUCUGUACGGAUCUCAGACUGGCCAGGCUAAAGCCAUUGCAGAGGAUAUAGCAGAGAAAGCAGAGGCUAAGGGUCUCCAUGCGGACAUACAUUGCCUCAGCCAGACUGAAAAGAAGUUCAAAAUAGAGCGCGAGUCCUGCGUGGUGUUGGUGAUAUCUACGACAGGCGACGGUGAACCCCCAGACACUGCCCUCAAGUUUGUACGACACCUGAAGAAGAAAACGCUCAAGAAUGACUACCUAUCUACACUGAACUACACUCUUCUAGGCCUAGGUGACUCCAACUACACAAACUUCUGCAACUGCGGCAAGACUUUGAACCAGAGGCUCCUGGAACUGAGCGCCAAACCAUUCUACCCGCCCGGAUGGGCAGAUGACGCAGUGGGAUUAGAAGUUGUUGCUGAACCUUGGAUAGAAAACUUGAUUCCAGCAAUCACACAUUUUCUAAAACUGCCUCUAGAUAAUAAUCAAUCUGCUAGGUCAAGUACUGAAAUUGUUCCACAUAUUAUCAGUGAGAUCAGGGUUACCAGUGAAUCUAGUUCAAAUAGUGAUACACUUAUUCAAGAUGACGACAUAAUUUCUGUAAAGAUCAUUAAUUGCAAGAACGUGUCAAAUGCAAAUAACGAACGUUCUGUUGCAAAUGAUAGUACCAAAGUAGAUUCAGAUAGUAUUGUUUACAAUGGCUUUCCAAAAGAAAGAGCAACAAAUGGGUCACACAUAGAUCUCACUUCUGGUAGUAAGAUUACAGAAAAUACAUCAAUAAGAGACUGUGAGAUAGUAAAUGGACAUAGUUUCAGUGAAAGACUGAACGGAAAUACAUGUGAUAUCUCAUCAGACAAAGUUUCAACUGCAAUCAUGAGUGAUGGUGUUACAGCAAACUCCUUAAAGGGGAAUAAUGCUGUGAACUCUUCAGUUGGAUGUAAGAAAGAAAGUGAUACAGGAAGUUUAAUGAAUUCUGUACCUCCACUAUCAGAGAGUAGCCUUACAGUUCCAAUUCUCUCCCCUGAAUAUCUGAAAGUCGAUUUCUUGGACACAGAAACUGUUAAUGUCGAUGAACUGCCACUUCAAAAUGGCUGCAGUUUCCCGUCUGCUGCAUCUCCAGUUGUCAUGGCAACUGUCCAAUCCAUACGCACCCUUACAGCACCCUCUUCAGUGAAGAAAACACUGGUUGUAACGAUUAGUAUAGCGGGCACUGGGAUCACCUACCGAGCAGGGGAUGCGAUAUCUGUGGUGUGCCCAAACCCACCUGAGGAGGUGGAGGCACUGCUGAAGAGGCUUGGACUACAGGACAAGGCAGACACCCCUAUUCAGAUAUCUGUGAUUGAAGGAACAAAGAAGAAGUCUGCUGCCGUGCCAAAGCAUGUGCCCCCAAAGUGCACUCUACGUCACUUGUUCACCACAUGCUUAGACUUCAGGGAACCCCCAAAGAAGGCCCUGCUGCGUGCGCUGAUUGAGUACACAUCUGACGCGUCACACCAGCGCCGCCUACAGGAGUUGUGCAGCAAGCAGGGGGCAGGGGAUUACACCUGCUUCAUCAGGGAGCCCAGCGUAGGGGUACUGGACCUGCUAGACUGCUUUACUUCCUGUAUGCCACCGGUGACCUGUCUUAUAGAACAUCUUUCCAGACUCCAGCCCCGUCCAUAUUCUGUUUGCACUUCAUCUCGAAGGUAUCCAGAUUCUCUACAGUUUGUGUUCAAUGUUGUGGAGAUACCUGCGGGGAGCGGUCGCAGCUAUCACAGGAAGGGGCUCUGCACAGGCUGGCUAGAGGGUCUCCGGUCAGGAGUCAGUGCAAUGUCUAAGGCAGAGGAUGGCGGUGAUAAUCGGUCAGAAGACAGUAAAUUUUCCAUGACUGGGGAUGGAGACAAAACUGGGUCAGAGGCAAUGAACACUGGUUUUGGUGACUCCGAACAGCUAUCUUUGCAGAUGCAGAACUUGUCCCUUAAUAAUGUAAAGAUCCCCAUCUUUGCACGGACAAAUCAAAACUUCCAUCUGCCUGAUGACCUCACCAUUCCCUUGAUUCUGAUUGGUCCAGGGACUGGAGUGGCUCCAUUGAUUGGCUUCCUGCAGGAGAGGGCGGAGCUAAAGAGAAAAAAUCCAGAGGUCCAUCAUGGGGAAGUCUGGCUGUUCUAUGGUUGCAGGCACAGGGAUAGAGACUAUCUUUUCAGGGAUACGCUAGAGGCCUUUGUGACAUCGGUUGUCACCAGAUUGUGUGUUAGCUUCUCACGUGACGAUCAGCCUGCUGAUGCCCCUCGUUACGUGCAGGGCAACAUGCGUCGUCACGGCAGCGACCUUGUGACCUUGAUACAAGACAAGGGUGCCUGUGUGUACGUGUGCGGCGAUGCCAGGAACAUGGCCAAGGAUGUCAAUGAAGCUUUUGUGGAUAUAUUUGCCGAACAUAAAGGCUUGACCAAAGAUGAUAGCAGUGGACUGUUAAUGAAACUGCGUUUAGAGAAGCGCUACAGAGAAGAUGUGUGGACGUAAAUAUGGAAGUGCAGAAUGGCAAUCUGUUUAAAGUGAUAAUGGGGGAGUAUAUGGGAAAUACAAGGCUGAAUGCACAUUCGGCUAUUAGUUUAUAGACAUUUAUGAGAUCAUGAUAUGAUUACAAGUGAGGUGCUCACAUGUGUUCAUAUGUUUGUAUUUUUAUAUGUUGUCGACUGGUCAUAUAUGUUUAUGCAUUAGCCUUUAUUGUUCUUUUUUGGGUUCAUUAAUAUAGGUUUUAGCUGUGCAAUUGGUAUUGAAUCCUGGUUUGUGAUCAGUUCAUGAGAUUUAAAAUGGUCAAUGAAUGCACAUGGAGUUGUAAAUAAAACUUAUUGAAUUUUUUAAUAAUAAUAAUCUCAUAUAGUGAUUUUUUGAGUUGAUGAGUUAUUUAUUAUGUUAUUAUUUGCCUGAUGUUAUUUAUUUUCUCAUAUGGGCAUUCAUUUAUUGACGAGUCUUAGACUAAGUUAAUAUCAAGUAAGUUAUGGAUUUUUAACAAAAUUUGUGUGCUUGCAAGAGAUGAUUAGGGGUUAUAUGAUUAGUUAAGUGAUUUUUAGAGAAAAAGGUUUCAGAUCUGGUUUUUCCCCAAGGGUCUUAAGAACAGUGGUAUUCAUAUGUCUUAAUUUCCUAAUAAUAAGGGAUACCCCUGUGCCUUAACAUUAAAAAUGUUACCUCUUUUUCUGAAGUUUUAAUUAUGAAACACACCAGUACUAAGCAUAUGUUUGUGUUUUUGCAAAAAAACCUUUAUGUUGGGCAAAUUUAUUUUGUAUUAAAAUGUUGUCUAAGAGUCUUGUAUUCAUAUAAUGGCAACAAAGGAAACAAUUUGUGAGGUGUUGUUGCUUUGUGAUGUGGAAAAAAAACGUUUUUAUAAAUUGUGUAUUUUUUGUCAUUAAUCCAGCUGGAUAGAAGAAGAAUGUUUUAUUUAUAUAUUUUUUUAACUGGUGCUAAGGAUAAAGCAAUGUGACUUGUGUAACAAAUAAUUUGUUUGAGACAUUUUGAUAUGUCGGUUCUUAAAUGCAAGUAAUGCAUGUAUGUCUGAUAGACAGUUUCAAUAGUCUGUACUAGUCAGGUACAAAUACAUGCCAUUACAUGUUUUACAUCAGACAAAAAAUGUGUUUUGUUUUUUUUAUGGAAAAACAAACUAUUGUGUCCUUUUUUGCCAGUGAUAUUGUGAGAUUUUAUUUGUUAAAAUGAUUUUAUUGUCAAGUUGGAUGUGAAAAGCUCAAAAUUGUGAUAACAAUUGUCGAGUGUAUGCGAUAUGACAGUGAAUAAUUGAGAAAACUUAUUAAAAAAACUGAAUGUUGCAUGACAAAGUUACAGAGCAGACAAGCUUGAACAUUCUAAUGCAUGAAAAGGUUAAACUAGUUGAUAUGGAGUGUCAUGUGCAAUAACGAUCUCCCCACUGCAUAGGCCAAGGUCACACUUAAAGAUCAGAGGUUAAAUUGUGGCUAUAAAUCAGCUUGCCCAAACUAUAACUCUUAACAUCCAAAAUUCAAUUUUAAUAUCAUUAAACAUAUAUGUUAACAAUGUUGAAUAAGUGUAAUGUAUGACAAUCAUUGCCCUACAGCAUAAGUCAUAAUUAUUGUUAAAGUGGCCUUGUCACAGAUUUCGGCAUGUAUUGAAGUUUGUUAUUAAAUGCUUUAUUUUGAUAAAUAUACACGUUGGAUCUAAAAAAAACUCAAGUAAAAAAAAAACAAGAAUAAAAGUUUAAGACGAAAAAAAGUAACCCUAACCUGGCUCAAACCACUAACCCCGAAGUAAAAGUCUACCACUUAGAAUACUCGGCCAUCCGUGCUCAUGAUAUGAGAUGAAUUUUAUACUUUAUAUAACCAAUCCUCGUAUUAUCAAACAAUAUAACGACAACAACAGAACUCUCCAAAUCAUUCAAUCGUUUUGCGUUGCAACGCUUUAUAAUUUUCAGGUUUUCAAAUCGUCAAAAGAUGCAUAUAAUUGAUAUUUUAGAGCACAGUAAAUGUUCAGUAUUACUGUUUCCUCACAAAUAAGAUAACUAAAACGAAAAUUUGCAAAUCUGAAACAACUUUUUUUAAUUUUGCCAAUUUACCAAAACGUGAAAAGGCCCCUUUAAAUAAAGAUAAAUUUAAAUUUGGCCAUGAAAAAAGCUUUCGAACAAAUGUUCACUAUGUAGAGAUGAUGUGCUAUUUAAUAGCAUAUAAAGGUCAAAGUUGCCACUGCAUAGGUCUAGGACACUCUUAAAGAGAAAAGGUUAACUUUGGCCUUGAAACAAAUUGUCCAGACUAUAACUUCAUCAUUCAAUUUUAAAACAAUUUAGCAUAAGUGUUCACCAUAUGGAUAUGACCUGUCAUGGUACACGUGUACAAACUGUGACCUUACUUCAAAUGCUAAGGUUACACACACACAGCUUGUCUUUUCUGUAACUUCAUCAUUUUUCAUGCAGUUUAGUGCAAUUUUAAUAUUAACCUUAUGAUGUGUGAAAUAUUCUAUAUCUCAAAGGCUAGGUCUUAAUAAGAGGUCAAAGGUCACACCCAAGUUUUGACUAGUAUUCUACUUUCAAAAAUGACAGUUGUCUGCACUGUAACUUAGUCAUUUAUCAUGAAAUUUAAAAUAAAUAAUUUCAAUGAUUCACUUCCAAUAUACUUCACAUGUUGUCAACGGGCAUCUCGCUAGCAUCGUUGUUUUAUGUCACAUGAUCAUGACAUGUUCUGUGUCACGUUUUAGAAUGGGUACUUUUAAUGAAACAUUGUGUUUUAUACAUGGAAAAUCAUGUUAUAAGAACUUUGAAUGUAAAUUAAUUUGAGUGAUUGUUUCAAUUGUGAUUUGUUUUCUAUUGGUAAGCAGUAUUUUGAUAAAUGAUUGUGUAUUCUCAGUACCAUGUUAUACCAGUUUGUUUUUUUUU